AUGUGGAGUUCAUCUAUUUGUUUGUUUUUGUUUCUAUCAAUAUUUGUGGAUAAAGCUCAACCUGAAGUUCCACAAUUAUUUGAUUAUUUAAAUGGAUUCUACUUGGAUUGUUAUGAAUGUCACAGCAAUCGUCCUGGUUGUGGUGCUAAAAUUGAUUGGAUAUUAAUGCGUUGGAAACGUUGUAUUGCACCAGGUGGAAGUAAAUGUGUUAAAAUAAUUGAACGUUCACCUGAUGGUGAACUUAAUUAUGUUCGUGGUUGUAUUAAUCAGAUAGAAGCUGUUCGACCUGAGAUGCCAACUGUUAGAGAAAAUGGAUGUUGGACAGCAACAGAUAGCUAUGUUGGUCUUGCUUAUCGACCAUGGUACGUACAAACAGAUGAACCAAUCUAUUGUUUUUGUGAUGAACGUGAUGGAUGUAACUCAGGAAUACGAUCAUCGACAAAUUAUAUAAUUGUUUUAUGCUUAUGUUUUAUAUCAUUUUUUAUACAUUCGAUUAUGUAG